CCUCCUCCUCCCUCCCGGCGCGCACCAUGCCCUCGCAGCGCACCCUCAAGCGGCUCUUCCUGCGCUCCACCGCCCUCCUGCCCGCCGCCAGUGCCGAGCCGCCGCCGUCCUACGCCGAGGGCCUCGCCGCACUCGAUGGCGUGCACUCGGCGCCGUGGGCCCUCAGCGCCGUGCUCGCGCUGCUGCAGCGCCCCGACAUCGAGGCGCGCGAGGUAGACGCCCUGGUGGCGCGGGUGCUGCGGCGCACACAGGCGCACGAGAUGCAGACGCUCGAGCAGCCCGCGCGCCUGGAGCUGCUGCAGCUGCGCAGGCGAGCACUGCGCAUCGCCAGACUCGCACGCACACACGCGGCACUCGCUUCCUCCUCGCUCGCCGCCGCCGCCUCCGCCUCUUCUUCAUCCUCUUCGCUGCACGAAUUCCUCGCCCUCUCGGCGCCCCAACACGCCGCGCAGCUCGCGCAGCAUGGCGACGCCAGGGGACUCGUGGCGCUGCUGCGAGCACUGCCUGCGCCGGCGCUGCGCGACGCGCGCGCCUCGCGCGAGGGCCUGGUGCGGCUGCUGUUGUUCGCGCGCGCGCUGCAGGGCGAGCAGCUGGAUGCGCACGUCGAGGCAUUGCUGCCGCGUCUGAUGGAGAAAGGAGGUGUGUGGGAGGAGCAGAUCGCUCAGGAGCAGCAAGAGGAUGCGACGGAUGCGACGGAUGUGACGGAUGAGCUGGAAGUGAGACGGCAGCUGGACGAGGUCUACGGCCCGCUGGACGAGACGCCCACUCUGCCGCCCAGUGCCGAUACGAGCUCGCACAGCGCCGUCACGUCGUCUCGCGUGGACGGUGCGCACCGGCUGGCGACGUACUACGUCGACCUGAUCCACUGGCUGGAGUGCAGCGUCGGCAACGCCGCAGCCGCACUUCAAGUGGCGCGCUUUGCUUCUGCGCAACUCUCCGACGCCACCCCCUCUUCUGCGACGCAAGACCUCGAGCGCCUGCGAGAGGAUCUGGCACUCCUCUCCGCCGCGCCGACUUGCACCUCGCUGGCCGACUUCCGCCUGAGUCUGAUGCCCGCACGACGAGAUGCCACCUUGCUCUCCUACCUGCGCGCUUCUCCGCCUGCGACAGGCGCGCUGCUCGAGCUGCUCUCUUCCCUCGCUUCUCGCUCCGAGGGAGGGGCGUUCGAUGCACACGUCUCCCUCCUCUCUACCCUGCUCACUCUCCUCGACGACGCCGAUGAAGAGGCACUGCGCAUCCUUGCGCUCAUCUUGCCUGCUCUGCCGCUCGAGGAGGACGAGACGGCACGCGUCGUGCUGAGCGCCACGUACAGCACACAGGCGACGUCGGGAAAGUCGCGUGUCUAUCUCUCUGCGCUGCUCAAGCCUUCGCUCGAGACGUCGACUUGCAGCACUGCACCAGUCGAUCCGGAGCAUCUGGCCGUCCUGCUCGAGACUGGCCCUCGCGCCAGCGCCCUCUAUGAGCUUCUGCCUUCGCCCGCCUCGCCUCUGCUCAGCCUCGCAGCAGCCCACCUGCGCACCCUCAAGUUCUGCGCGGCGCGAGCGACACUCCUGGCGCCCUCUGCGAUUGCGCGCGCAGCGGCAGACCAGCGCACGCAGGCGGAGCUCUGUCUGCGUCUGCUGCGCGCGGGAGAGGCCAGGAAUCGAGAGUGGAGGACGUUGGCGCGGGAAGUGGGAGAGAUGACGCAGGAGGGGGCAACGCUGGAACUGCUCGGUGGCAAAGAGGCGGCAAGGAUGUUGCUGGAGGAAUGCCUGAAGAGUGCCGAUCUGCAAGCUUUCAAAUCCCUCCUCUCAGAUCCGCACGCCGGCGCACAACUCUCGAGCGAAGAGCUCGAGGCGCUCGUGCUGCGCUGUUCGAACGAGCUCUUCGCGAGCGCCACGUCUGCCAAUCUGCAUCGCGGAGAGAUGCGCGGCGCGUAUGACAGUCUUGCAGUGCUACCGUCUUCGCCAGCUCUUCAAGCCGAACGAGCAUUCAUCGAAGGCGUCUCUCGCCUCUCCUCAUACAACAUGUCGACGCGCCACGGCACCUCCUCCAGCGCGCAAAUCUCUCCUUCUCAAGUCCGAUCCUCUUCCGAUCGCCUCGACCUCAUCGCGCGUCUCCUCUCGCUGAACGACGAGGCGUAUCGUACGCCAGCGCAGAUCUUGGAACUGGCGCACAAGCUCUGCGCCGUGCCUUCGCCCGGCAAGCAAGUGAUCGAGCACUCGCUCAUCGAAGCAAGAACACUCUCGUUCAUUGCCGGCGCCGCACUUGCAGCCUCUGACUUUGCAGCUGCUCGCAGCGCGUGCGAGCAGCUUGUCGCGCUUGCUUCCUCCCUCGACGCACGCACUGCCGACGCCAGUCUCGGCGCGCCGGCGCGAGAAGAGGCGGGCCAGCGGCUUGCGCAGGUGCAAGAGGCCGCCUGGCAAUCCUCGGUGCAGCUGGCGCGGCAUCCCGAAUGGAGCGAGGCGCGGGCAAAGGCCGACGUCAUGGCCAGUGUGCUGGCGCUCUGUCCUCCAGCGCGCCUGGCUGCCUUUCUCAAGCAGUGGCGCGAGCUCGAUGCCCUCGCUGCUGCUGCUGCUGCACCUGCGACGCGGCGCACUCGGGAUCGGGGCACGGGCGCUUCAAGCACGACGGCAAGAGGCAGUUCGACUGCGGCGGCUUCGUACUCGCAUCGUGCCAGUGCAGUCGCCGCCGCCGCGGCCUCUGCCGCCUCUCCCUUCUCCUCGCUCUUCAGCGCCACGCUGCGCCGCGCCUCGCCCUCUUCCUCCUCUUCCUCCUCGAGCGUGCUGGUGGGCGCCGGAGGCGCGACGCAGCCGAAGCCGACUGCACCAGCGGGCGGCUUCGGACGCGCCGCGCAGCUGUUCGACCGGCUGGGCGAGUACGGCGCCGGCGCGGCCGAGGCGCAGGGCCUGCACAGCGUCUAUGACCCGGCGGAGAGGGCGGCGCGCGCGGCGCGCAGCUUUCUGGGCGGCCUGGCUGGCUCGGGUGCCGCCGCUGCCGCGCGCGAGGGCGAGAAAGACGGAGCAACGGCGGCGCAGACGACGUUUUCGCUCAGCAGAGGCGUGGGCUGGCUGAUGGGCGAGGAGGAACGACGGUGAUGGACGGACGGGGCAAUGGCUAUACAUCAAGAG